UCAGUCGCGUGCUGGUGGAUGCUGUAAACUUUGACGUCUUAAAAUUGAAACAAGCUGAUCGGUGUUGAGUACCGUCUGUCAAAAUCGUCAGCAUGGAGCCCCAAACAAACGGGUGAUCCGGGGAAGUUUUGGAUCUGAUAGGUUCCGGAGAUCUGGACGUUUUCAGGAUGCUCCGAGACUCCUCCAGCCGGGAUUCCUCCAGCCGGGACUCGUUCGUGGAGGACAGCUUCAGCCGCUUCCCGUCGCAGAGCAACAUUUACGGGCUGUGCCAGGCCGGGAGCCAGGAGCUGCUGGCCGCCACCCUGAAGGGGAAGGUGGUGUGUUUCAGGUACCAGGAGCUGCAGCACAAGGUGCGGCCGGUGGCCAAGGAGGUGCAGUUCACCUACAUCCCAGUCGAUGCAGAGAUUGUGUCGAUCGAUGCCUUCAACAAGUCUCCGCCCAAACGAGGCCUGGUGGUGGGAAUCACCUUCAUCAAGGACUCCGGAGACAAAGCCACGCCGUUCCUCAACAUCUACUGCGACUACGAGCCCGGAUCAGAGUUCAACCUGGACUCCAUCGCACAGAGCUGUCUGAAUCUGGAGCUGCAGUUCACGCCCUUCCAGCUCUACCACACAGAGGUGCAGUGUGCGGACGGAGGCAGUGAGACGGUGUUUCUGCUCAGCGGUCACGAUCAGAGGAUCCACCUGUACAAGGAGAACGCCUCCCUGCACCAGUUUGAGGAGCAGCCGGUGGAGAAGCUCUUCCCUGAACUCCAGCAGCUGCCCAGCAACGUGCUCUGGCUGGACGUGCUGAGCGUCGCCGGCGGCCGGCGGCUCUCGGUGUUCGGCUGUCAGAACGGCUGCGUGGGGCUGGCUCUGGUGGACCAGGCCGGACCAGAGGUGGUGCAGAGCUGGCGGGUCCAGUUCGACAGUCCCAUCUCCACAGUGCUGCUCUUCCCGCUGAGCCGCCACGCUGCAGGGGCAGAGGUGGGACGCUACAACCUGCUGGUGACCAGCGCCAUCGAGAUGGCUGUGAUCUACAGAGACGUGCAGGACCGCGGCUUGUCGUGGUUCACCUGCCUCUCGGAAAGCGACCAGUUUGACGCCGUGCUCUGCGCUCUGGUCCUGGACCUGGACUUCGACGGGCAGCAGGAGGUGCUGCUGGGGACGUACGGGCAGGAGCUUCUCUGCUACAAGCUGCAGGCGGCGCCGGGCGGCGGCGGCGGCGGCUCGGACUCACACUUUCAGCUGCAGUGGAGGCGGAGCUUCAAGAGUCCGGUGCUGUCCAUCAUCUACCUGGACCUGACCGGAGACGGAGUGAGGGAGCUGGCCGUGCUCACCCUGAAGGGUCUGCACAUCCUGCAGCACAGCCUCACCGGCACGGCGGACCUGCUGCUGGAGCGACUCGCUCUCAGGGCGUCCGAGCUCGCCGUGGCGUCCGAGCUGGAUUCACACGGAGCUCCGGACGAGCCGGAGAGCCGGGCUCCGGCAGAGGAGAGCGCAGCCCCGACGUCCUCGGAUUGAAAAGACGUUUUGUUUUUCCCUGCGAGCCCCAGCGGCUCAGACUGAAGUGUUUGUCUUAAUUAAAAGUGCAGCGUGAAGGA